AUGGUGAUAUUAGUAAGAGAACGUGAAACCCAACGAAGACUCCGCUCAGUAACAAAGGAAGUAUGCACUACUGUGAGCAACAAACCGCUGAUGGAGAAGAAGCGGCGCCAGAGGAUCAACCGCUGCCUCAACGACCUCAAGACGCUGGUGUUGGAGGCCCUCAAGAAGGAUCCCUCCCGCUACAGCAAGCUCGAGAAGGCCGACAUCCUGGAGAUGACGGUGCGCCACGUGCAGGCGCUUCAUCGGCACGACCUCGCGGGCGUGCGUGGGCGUGUGGCGGGCGGCGACGAGAAGGGCAAAUACCGGGCGGGAUUCACGCAGUGCGCUGUGGAGGUGACGCGCUACUUGGCCAACAUGGGCGGCAGCGUUCCUCAUGACCUCCAGACCAAGGUCAUCGCUCACCUCAACUCCGUGACCAAGAGUCUCAUGGGUCAGGCCUCCGGAGUGCCUGUGGGGAGCGGGUUGUCCUCCGGCAGCUCUAGCGUCGUCGUGAGCGGGGGCGUUGUCACCCUCACGCCCCCUGCCCCUUCGUCCUCCACGUCUUCCUCCUUGGCCCCUCUCGCGCCGCCCCUCGUCGUCACCACCGUCGCAGACUCGAGCACGACCUUGGCUGGACUCCCGGAGCGGUGUUCGGGCGCGUCGGGCGAGAUGCCCUUCCGGCGUCUGAGCGAGUCGGCUCUCAUGGAUGCCACGCCCUCGCAGGGCCCCGUCACUGUGGGCGCCGGCGUGACCCUCGUGCCCGCUCGGCUGGCGUCGGGUCAA